UGGCCUUUACAGCCCUCACUGGGGACGGUGUGGGCCUCCUGCACUCAGUGGAUGCUCUGCUGGAGACGUUUUCUUAGUUUCCACGGAAAGAAAAGUUUUCUGCUUCCACAAACUCUUUCAUUUUGAGUUACCAGAGGAUUUAGAGGUUUUCCUUCGAACCACCAAACACCACAGAGUCAUGGCAGUCCAGCAGCAGGUUGUUUCAGUGACAACCCAUACAACCCAUAGUUCUGGCACAUGGACCACAGGCCUCUGCGACUGCUGCUCAGACAUGGGCACAUGUUGCUGUGGCCUGUGGUGUUUCCCCUGCUUGCAGUGCCAGGCUGUUUCACAGUUCGGCUGGUGUUUCUGCUUGCCCCUUCUGGACUGCUGCUUGACCGUCUCCUGCUGCCUCCGCAGCAAGAUGAGAGAGCGCUAUGGCAUUCAUGGAUCCUGCUGCGAUGACUGCUGCACACUGUGUUUCUGCUACCCGUGUGCCUGGUGCCAGAUGUCUCGUGAGAUAAAGAUCCGUGCUCACGCCACAAGUUCUACUGUAGUUACUCAGCAAAUUCGUGCCUAAGCGGACUGCUGCACACAGCUGUUGUUUUACAGUUCAGAAAUAAAAGUUCACGUUCAGACAAAA